UUGAGCACUGCAGAAAAAUGAAUAUGUGAGGAGGUGUUGAGUAAAGUACAGUAGAGGUACAGCCAAGAGAGACUGAAAUGCUUUAAUUUAGCUUUGGGCUUUCAUAUUAUUUCUAACAGCUCAAACAAAGUGCUCACUAACAUGAAGUUGCCAGAAUUAAAGGACACAAUCAGUCGCUUUAGGUUCACACAAUCUUGUGUGGGGCUUAGUGGUUGCCUGUGUGUGUCUUAUGCGGUCUGGACACCCUUCUGGUUAAAGGAUGGCGGACUCUGGACUGAGUGGAAUGACACAAGGGGUGACCGUGGCGGUAAUGGUGUGAUCUUCAACGCCCUACAAGCAGAGCGAGUUUUUGGGGUUCUGUCCUUCCUAUUGGCCUUGAGCGCAGGGGCUCUCUCGCUUGUUUUUGCCCUCUGCUGGACAUCAGAGACAGUGCGUUCCUACUCCAACACUCGCGCUCUGCUGAUGGCAGGCCAGGCACUCUAUCCCACCACCUUGUUGCUCCUCACCAUGUCAUCUACAGGUUUCUUCUUCCUACUCAGCUGGUCCUUUUUCACCUAUCAUCACUCUGAAGAAAUCUACCAGGACUUUUCCAUCUUAGGCUCGUCUUACUGGCUGGGGGCUUUAGGCUGGAUCCUAUUGUUGGUUGUCGAAACGAUCAUCUUCGUAGCUGAGCAAGCUAUUGUGCCAGACAUCCUAGAAGACCUGGAGAAGGCACUGAAGUCAUGGCGGGUCAACUCUCGGCUCAAUCGUAGCUUCAGUGAUGGUUGUCCUCACCUUGCAAUCAGUAAAAGUAAGAUAGCUCCAAAGCGGUACAUGUCAGUACCUUGAAUGGGCUCCGACACAUGGAUAUGACAGCGAAAAUGAGUGCAAUACUUUCACAUGAAUAUGUUCAAACUCAAUGUGGAAAACAGCAUCUUCCAAACAUAUGAACUCACAAAAAGACACUUAAGCCCGAUUUCCUAACGGUUUGCAAAGUGAUUUAUCACACCUGACUGAGCAAUAGCUUAUUUUUCGUUUUUAAAUACAGCGACGCAAAGGCUGCUGAAAACAGCACCUCUGUGUCGAACCGUGUUGAGAAGGUGCAGACAAAGUGAGAGGUGAUGGGGAAAACAGAUCUUUUGUGCUUGAGUAAAUGUUUUUCAAAUGCUCGAAUCAAAAAUGAUGCUGAUAUAUUGUUUGUUCGCCAAUGCGAUUUUGGAGCUUUGUUGAAUGACGUAAGGGAUUACAAAAGACUUCCAACUUUGUA